UAAGCAUGCCGGAUUAGCUAUAGGUAGACUCGCCUUUCAGGAUGGGCCGCGACCCUUUCCGUGAAGUCAUUUCUGGCGUCGACGGCCCCGCCUUGCAUCAAGCCACUCUUGACGCCCUCUCAAGAGCUGUCGCACACCCCGCCGUGUCCCAGGCCGGCGGCUGGGCCCUCCAGCUGGGCGCCUCCUGCACCGCCUACAACCUCACACUCGCCGUGUGCCACCUGACCGCCGGCUUCGCCCGCCUCCACUGCGCCACCCCCCUGCUGGCCCCGCUGUGGGGCUGCGGCUCCGUGGCCGCCGCCUCCGCAGCUGCCGGCCAUGUCAGCAGAGCCACCCUCGCCGCACUACAGGAACAGCAGCAGCAACACCAGCAGCAGCUACUGCUCUUACAGCAGCAGCAGCAGCAGCAAAGACAGCAGCAGAAAAACCGUAAGCACCCGGCAAAGGGCGAUGGAGGAGGAGGAGCAGCAGCAGUAGGAGGAGAAGCAUCAGGAGGGGGGCUAGGCUGGCUGGUGGGGGCGCUGCGGUGCCUGCCCGGGCAGCUGGUGGGGCGGUGGGAGGUGCGGGAGGCGGCGGUGGAUGCGCUGCUGGGCCCGCUGCUGUUCAAGGCCCUGCAGCAGGACUUCCGCCGGCUGCUGCCCAGCCACCUGGCCCGCCCGGGCGCCUUCGGUCGGGCCCACGUGCCCACCUCCGCCUCCGAGUACUCCACUCCCGCGGAGAAGGGGCAGCUGGCGGUGCUGUUCGGCAGGGACGGCUGCCACCACUGCGGAACCCGCAGCAACGGUGUAAUCGGCGACCACAUGCCGCCGUACAAGGUAGUUCGAGAGGCGCUGGCGGCGCGUGAGGCGGCGGGCGGGCUGGAGCGCGCGGUGACACGGCUGGCCGAGUGGCUCCGCCUGCCCUCCGCCAGCCUCACCCAGGUCUACUUUGCGCAGUGCCGCGACUGCUCCGCCCGCCAGGCUCAGCUCAUGCGCAACGGCACCCGCUCCACCGCCAUCACCCUCACCCUGCCGCAGCUGCCCCUGCCGCCCCAGCUGCGACUGCUGCCGCAGCUGCAACUGCCGCUGCCACCCCAACUGGUGCUGCGAGCGGAGGGACUGUGGCCGCCGGAGCUGGUGGCGCAUAGCCUGGAUAGGCUCGCGUUGCGGCCGGCGUGGACUGCCGUACUGGUGGGGGGGCGGUACACCAUGGGGG